GGGAGAAAGAAAGUGAGCUCACGUUCACACAUUGGUGAAGAGGCUGGUCUUGCAAUGCCUUUGAAUAUUUUACUUUUAGGCAGUUCCUCACCAGUCAGCCACACACAUCCGAGGCGAGCUGAAGCUAACUACAGCCAUGGACAGCACUAGGAGAUCUCAAAUCUAAUCGCACGCAUCAUUCCUCCGGGAUAUUUUUUUAAAUUCCAUAUCGAAACACGCCGACAGGCAGCUGCACUCACACACACACACACACACACACACACACACACACACACACACACACACACGUCGCAGAGCCGCCGAGCAAACACCUUGUCUCCUCUCGCAGGAUAUACCCGCUCACACACAUCUCUCUUUAUCUCCUCCUGGCUUCCCGGAGGAUCCUGCCGGCUGUUUUUCAUGGAGAAAGUCCAGGGAGAAAUGGAGAUUGAGAGAUGGGAAAGAAGUGAAGAAAUUUCAGACGCAGAAAAAAAGGUUAUUCAAGAGAUAUGGAGCAGAGUAUAUGCAAACUGCGAGGACGUUGGGGUCUCCAUACUCAUCAGGUUUUUUGUGAACUUCCCCUCGGCCAAGCAGUACUUCAGCCAGUUCAAGCACAUGGAGGACCCGCUGGAGAUGGAGAGGAGCUUGCAGCUGCGCAAGCACGCUCGGAGGGUCAUGGGGGCCAUCAACACUGUGGUGGAGAACCUCAACGACUCUGAAAAGGUCUCCUCUGUCCUGGCCCUGGUGGGCAAGGCCCAUGCCCUCAAGCACAAAGUGGAACCCAUCUACUUUAAGAAACUCACUGGUGUCAUGCUGGAGGUGAUUGCUGAGGAAUAUCCCAACGAUUUCACCCCGGAGGCACACGGAGCCUGGACCAAGAUGAAAACCCUCAUCUACACCCAUGUGACAGCAGCCUACAAGGAGGUGGGCUGGGCUCAGUACCCCACUGCCACCCUGUGAGCGCCCAGGGGGCCACGAGAGGGGCAGGGAGGGCUUCGCUCACCCCAGGACUUCACUCUGGUCUCUUCUCAAGGUCUUUGCUCGGUUUGGGGAGCCCGGUAGGGCCAGUUCUGUCAGCUGCCAAGUCACAAUUUGAUCUCCAUGGGGUUUAAAAACAAACUAAAUAAGCCAAAAAAACCACAGAACCAUGAAGGGUGUGGGUGGGUCGGGGUGAAGCGGUUGCAGGGGACGCUGGAAGGGGAUGCAGAGGGCGAGGGGAGAGCAUUGGUUGUUGGCUCCAUCUUCCUGUCCUGGCCUGUCCAUCACCACCUCCCAAAUCCUGCACCUCACCUGCACCAUCUCAAAGUCCCUUGCACAAGUGCUGCCACCCUGUCCGCUGAGGAACAGCACAACCCUCAUUUUCCACGUGAAGCCCCUGGGUAAACCUGGCUUUUGGGGGCACACCUGGAGGCCUCUGACUGGCACCGAGAACGCUUUGCUUUGCACUUUGAGUAUCACCUGGCAGGGCUGGCAGCCAGAGCCACUCUGGGUGCUCCAGGUGGGCAGCAGCGCUCACCUCUCCUGUCACCCGCAGUCCCUGUCCUUGGCUGGCUGCUGCAAACCCUCCUGGGCUGGGAGAGAAGCUCCCCACAGCACCAGAGAGCGGGAAGGAGGGGGAUGCCUUUGGGGGGAUCCCUCAUGGCUCGGAGCCUGGGGUGUAGGUGGGAUCCCUGUGUCAUAUUGGGGAGCUGGUGAGUCCACACACUGCCCUCCAGCUCCCUGAGGAGGGGCUUGGGUAGCACAGGAUGUGCCCGGUGUGUGUGGGUCUGUCUGCCCAGCUCUGCCCUCUCCGUGAGAACGGGGGUCAGGCUGUGACUAGGGGAAGGAAAGAUGGCACAGACAUAUCAGGAGGGAUUUCUGGUUAUGAGGAAAGGUCCCUUCUCUGUUAAAAUUAAUAAACACCUUGUAUAGAGCAUAUUCCUGCCCUCCUGGUGAAACUGGGUUCCUCCCAAUAAAGUGCCUGGUAGAAAUCAGCCCACGCAGGAGCUGUGUCCCUCCUGGGGACAGCAGGGCUCCUGCCUGUGCCUGACAAAGGCUUCUCCCACACCCCCAGAACGUGGCUGCAGGGCUUGGAGCACUCAUCCCGCCUCCAGCACCAGCUCCUCCUGAACCUCCAGGUCGGUCUGCCUGGUUUGUGCCUCAGUUUCCCCUGCAGAUAUGAAAAUGGGAGGAGGAGCAGCCCCGUUGCCUCCUGCCCACAUGUGGUUGGAUUUAUAACAUUUCUGGGAACUGAAUGGCAAAGGAUUGAGGAUGAAAUGUCAGAUGUGCUGGGAAUCUUUGGAAUCCUUGCCACCCAAUAUUUCCCUGAAGGCCUCUGCUAUUUUUAGAGCUCAAGCAUUAAGGGCAAUGUUAUCUGUUGAAGUGGGAGGAGGGUUCCCUUCUGAGAUUCCCUCUGGCCUCGUUCCACCGCUGUCCUGGAGAGCUGGCAGCUUCCUGAGAGAGACCAGCUCCUCUCCUGGAUGCCAGCUGGACAGGCAACAAGCCACAGUUCCAGCUGGGAUCCCCACAGCCACCUUGGGGACAUCCCUCCAGUGUGGGGGCAGUGCCACUCCUCCAGAGCAGACGGACAGAAUCUCCUGCUUUGCUCACCUGUGCUUUUAAUCAUCCCCAAGAACAGGUUUAUUAUGUCUCAAAACAGCCCCAGGACUCCAAUAAUGUCAGUGCAGCCACUCUGGCCUUGCAGUUCUUUCCUUCCUGCAUCCCACUGAUGGAGAGGAGCAGCAGGGCCUGGAGCAGUGGCAUGUCCUGGGUGGCAGGAACAGCUGGGGCACAGCCGUGUGUGGCAUGGCAGCGUGCAGGAUGCAGGAAGGGACAGGCACAGGGUGGGCUGUCAGGGUCAGCAUCCCCAAAAUCCAGCCCAGCAGCCUGCACGGAUGGAGGUGCCAAUGGCUGCUGCCUCCAGCUCACCCUGCUCAUCCCUCGAGGGGCAGUGGAGGCAUCCCUCAAACAGCUGCUGCUGCCUGGGGUGGGGAGGGAUGGGAAAAGCCUGUUCAGCCACUGACUUCCCUCCAGUGAAGGAUCACUUGGAUCAGGACUGUUAGAUGACAUUUGUGUGUGUGCACAUCACGGGACUCACGGCUCUGCUGACUCCUUGGGGCCAGCAGCACAUAUUUCUGAGCAGUUCAUUUCUCUGAGGAGUUCAUGUACUCCCUGUGCUCUGUGGACGCUGGGCCAGGGAUGUUUCCGUACAGGGAUGUUUCAUCUUUAGACAAAAUUUGCACAUUAACCUUUGAGGUUAAUCAUCUCCAGGUGGGAAUUUUAUUUUUGCAGCGCAAACCCUUCCCCUCCCUCCCUCCCCACAACCAAAACUGGGCUCCCAGUCUGCAGAGAAGCCACUUUGGAGAGUCUGGAAAUUCUCCAUGCUCAUGCCCAACCUACCCGUGUGCCUUGGCUUUUGGGGAGCAGCAGCAGGGAGGUGCCCCCACCUCCCCAUUAAACAGUGCUUUGGUUUCUCCUUUCUUUUUUUACAUCCCUAGAAAAAGCUGGCCCGUGGCCCCCUGCGCCCACGUGUGCGUGUGCUGGGCUUGGGGUUUUUUCCAGGCACUUUUUCCUAAAGCAGAUCCAGAUGUGUGCAGCUGCUGUCCCUCGAGGAGCACCCCCCCACCACCAUCAGCCAAAUUUCAGGCCACUCCAAAAGAUGCAAACAAAACCACGUUUAUUUUUAUCAGCUUUGUAGGAAGUAACACGGAGCAGGAGGGCGGCCGGGGCAAGGCUCGGGAGGGGAGGGGAGGGGAUGAAACGCCUGCAGCAAAGGAGGCACUGCUGAAAUCCAGCAACAUUCUCAUCUGGGGGGAGAUGAAGAUCAACAGAGUAAGGAAAAAGUACCAUUCCAGAGUGACAGGGCUGAUAAAUGCCAUGUGGAAGAGCAGAAAGAGCGGGGGGGCAUGUUCUGGCUCUGUGCAUGGCUCUCCAGCACACACACACACACACACACACAUCCAUGCACAGCCACUCCCUGGCCCUGCCAGCCCACUGAUCCCACCACAGCUGACUGGGGGCCCCUUUAUCCCCCUUUUGUUCAGGUGUUGCUCUCUGGGGCUUGAUCUUUCACUUCCUGGCACACUUAGGCUGAGUUUUGCUCUCCUUGGUGGCGGCAGAUAAGGACCAACUGGCAAAGUCUUUUCCCCAGAGCUCACAGGUGGGAAGCUGAGGCAUCACUGCCAGCACAUGUUGGGGUCUCUCCCCUGCCCGUGGAGGAUCCCUGUGCCCCCCAGACCCAGCCAACCCCUGGCAUUAUCAUCAGGGCUGGGCUUGGAGCUGUGAUGCAGGUGGGAAAGCCUUUGUGCCCCCUGCCAGAGGCAGAGAAAUGCUGAGUGAGGGAGGAUUUGGUGUCCCUGGGGCAGGGGGACUCCUUGAGCACCUGGUCCUGGUCUCUUUGGCAGCACCCACUCACAUCAAGCUGCUCGUGUCCCCUCCCCUGAGCUCAGUGUUUGGUCAGAGGAGCUGAGCAGAGUGGGGGGCACUGGCUUGGGAUGGGGCACAGAUCCCACCCACCACGUGUCCCCCUCCACAGCCAACACUCCUGGCAGUUUAGCUCUGCAGGCACUCAGCUGGAGAGACCCCCUGACACCACCAGAACCAUCAUGGGCCUCGUGCCACCAGCCUCAUCAUCUUCUCUUGGGGGGUGACAAAUCCCCAAGGCAGCCGAGCCACGAGCUCUCCCAGGAGAGGGUCACAGCGUCCCCCCACCGUCUGAGGGGAUGCUCAGCGACUUCAGGGGGGACCAGAUGUCCCCUGGCUGGGCUCUGGUGCCAGCACUCAGCCUUCCCUGCCCCUGGCCACAGGGAAGCUGUCCUGGGAUGUGGGAGCACCAUCAGUGGCAGGCAGAGGGAUAAAAGGGAAACCCCGCUGACCUUGGACCAGCUUAGGGAAAGGGAGGGACAAAACCACCUGCCUGGCUCUGACCUCUGCCAGGCUGCAGCACUCGAUUCUUUUUCCACAGCUGAAGUUGUCUCUAAUUGUUGGUAUGUCUGCCCCAGCCCCAGCGUGACCCACAGGCACUGAUGUAACUCCGUGUCUUUCCUGUUCCUGCUGCAGAUCCUGUUCAUGUUCGUGUUCCCCGGCGCUUCCGUGCUGGUUUUAUACCUGAGUUCCGUGUAUAUGGGUGUAACUUGUUUUUCUUUUUGUAGGUUUUUAGUAUGUUUGUAAUCGGACAAAAAUGGUGUUAUUAAACUGAAACUUGUAUCUUCAGUGGAUAAAUCAAUCAAACCCCCUCCA